GCUCAGCUUCUUCUCCUCCUCCUCUUCCGUUCCAACGCCCACCAGAGACAAAACAGCUGCCUUUUGAAAAAGGGAAGGAGGAAAAAAAAAAACACGGCAAAACCCUAGAUCUCUCAGCUCGCUCGCAUUGCUGGUUCGGGCCCGCCUUUCUAUGACCGGAGCCUCCCAGUGAGGAAAGGCGAUGGCGAUGGCGUCCGCCGCCGUCAUCCCCUCGUCUGGGCCCGCCGCCGCCGCCGCGGUUGAGAGCGCUGGGUGGGUGGUGGACGAGCGCGACGGCUUCAUUUCCUGGCUGCGCGGCGAGUUCGCCGCGGCCAACGCCAUCAUCGACCUGCUGGUGGUCCACCUCCGCGCCGUCGGCGAGCCUGGGGAGUUCGACCACGUCGCCGCCGCCGUGCAGCAGCGGCGCCUCCAGUGGGCGCCCGUGAUCCACAUGCAGCAGUUCUACCCCGUCACCGACGUCGCCUACGCGCUCCAGCAGGCCGGGUGGCGCCGCCGUGCGCCGCCGCACCCGCAGCAGGGCCCCGGCGCCUCGCCGUCACCGCCGCCCCCUCCCCUGCGCCGGUCCUCGUUUUCGGCGUCCCACUCGCACCAUCGCCACGGUGGUCACCAUCAUCGCUCUGAUCCAACGCGCGGCGGCAGCACUGGUGCGACGGCUGGAUCCGAUAAAGAUGGACGUGAAGUUCAUAACAAGGAAGAGAAAGGAAUGAAGGAAGUGGAGAAUGUGGUUGAAACUAAAAGCCCAGAUCUGGAGUCUCCUGCUACUGAUGAAGGUGAAAAAAAUCCUAGUCCACGGGCUGUUGCUGAAGGAAACAGCAAAGUGGUUCCGUCUCCAGUGGAGUAUACGAUCAAUGAAACCAUCGAUGGCAAGAUGUUUAAUGCUGUUGAAGGGCUUAAGGUCUAUGAAGGGCUGGUAAAUGAGCAUGAAAAAAACAAGAUUCUCUCUUUACUGAAUGAAACAAAAGCUUCUUGUCGUCGAGGAGGGCUUGAAGCAGGGCAGACUGUAAUAGUUGGAAAAAGACCAAUGAAGGGUCAUGGGAGGGAAAUUAUUCAGCUGGGCAUUCCUAUCAUUGAAGGCCCUCCUGAAGAUGACUAUCCAAGAGAGACAAAGGUGGAGGCUGUUCCUGGAUUGCUGCAUGAUCUGUUUGACCGCUUGUGUCAGAAGGAAGUCAUACCUACAAAACCAGAUUAUUGUGUUAUUGAUUACUACAACGAGGGGGAUUAUUCUCACCCUCACCAAUCCCCUCCUUGGUAUGGUAGACCUUUUUGUACACUCUGCCUGACAGAUUGUGAUAUGGUGUUCGGCCGAGUUAUUUCAGGAGAACGAGGUGACCACAGAGGUCCUCUGAAGCUGUCUCUCUCAACAGGGUCUCUUCUGGUGUUGGAAGGGAAGAGUGCCGAUGUUGCCAAGCGAGCUAUUCCUGCUGCGCGUAAGCAGAGGAUCCUACUAAGUUUUGGAAAGUCCUUAUCAAGAAAACACAUACCAUCUGAAAGUGUUUCACGGUAUACUCCCCCAUUGACACCACCUCCUAUGCCCUGGGGUCCUCCAUCAAGGCCGGGUAACAUGGCACGCCAUUCUCCAAGCCCUAAACACUUUGGAUAUGCCCCAGUCAGUGGCGUACUUCCAGCGCCUGCCAUUGGAGCUCAUCACAUUCCUCCAUCAGAUGGAAUGCAGCCACUCUUUGUAGCGCCUGCUCCAGUUACUGCUACAGCCAUACCAUUCCCGUCACCUGUUCCUUUGGCAAACUCAACAACAGCUUGGAUGACAGAAGCUGCUCCAAGGUCUGCUGCACUACGACUCCCAGUUCCGGGUACAGGGGUCUUCCUUCCUCCUGGAUCAGUCCACCCACUGCCUCAUCAGAUGAUGACAGCUUCUCAAGCUCAUGCUGAGCCUAUCUCUCCAACAGAUUCAUCUGCUUACGUGCAUAACAAGAGCACCGUGGUGGAGAUGUCCAAUGGUAACGUUUCCCCAAAGAGCUCACCGCCAAAAAAAUCCGAUGCAGUUGAGCAGAAAGUGGAGUGCAAUGGGAGCUCGAAUGGGGGCAGUAGCUUGGUGGAUGAGAAGGCUGGGAGCAACAAGGACCAGCCAAAUGCGGCGAAAUAGAGGCAGGGUAUAGUACAUAGACAACAAAAGAAGAGGUGAGGAAACUUCAAUUUUUUGGGUCGUGGUUGCAGGUUGGCACAGAAAGAAAUCUCAGAGAGUACGCUGCGCUCAGCUCAAGCAAGAGCUCCAUCGACAGCAGUGUUGCUGUUGCCCAUGGCAUGAGACCUCGCUGUCGGGUUCUUAGGACUGAAACGCUAUCCUAAAUUUUGUAGCUGCUCUGUAGCACAACUGGAUGAUCACUCUGCUCUAAGUUAUCCUCGGCUAUCAUUAUCUUUAUGGAGAUAGGAUUAUGGGAAUAGGGUGUCAAGACUCAAGACUAUCUCUGCGGCAUUUGUUCUUUGCGAAUCUUAUGAUCCUAUGCUCUUAGCAUCUUUGGGGAAUGGAAAUUUGUGAAGCAAACGUCGUGAUGAUGCCUAUGGUCCUGAUAUGUAGAGUCGCUUGGCAAAAUCAUUUCGUGGCGACUUGUUAGAUUGCAAUUGGGGAAUGUACGACGUGCACAUCGACAAACAAAUCAACUAACAAAUAUCAUUCAAAAUCUUAUAAAACAAAUGUAUAUGUACGUCUAAUAGUGUUAUAUUUAUGUAUAAAGUAUCAACUUUCAAUUCAUAGGGGUGAUUGGAAGAUGUUUUGAACAUGUAUAAAUUAAUCUAUUGAACCAUGCAUAUUGGUUUUAUAUAUGUUUAG